AUGGAAUGCAUUUUCAAUAAAACCGAAGUCAUUGGCGAGGACGGUGAGCUCCAGGGGGAUAAUUUUAUGGAACUCCUAAAGACUGCAGUAAAGGACGAUGAGGAAAUGAUCGCAGUUAUGGAGGAAUCCUACGAUACUUGCUUUGAAAAAUCCACUGAUGCAAAAGCUAAAAUUGCCGAUAAAAUGAAGAAAGAUCCAGAGUUUGCUCAGAGAAUAACUAAGCCUAAAUUCCAGUCCUGCUCGCCUUUCGGUGCUAUGAUAAUGACUUGCAUUAACUUUGAGACAUUCCAAAAUUGUCCAACAUCUGCAUGGAAUGAUAGUGAGGAAUGCAAUGCUUUUCGAAAAUUUGUUACGCAAUGCUAAGGAUCUGUGUAUAUUAAAAUAAUAAGCAAAUUGGAAGGAAAAACAAGCAUUGGCUGAACAAGUACAUCUU